AUGGAGCUAUACCUCAUCCGACAUGGCGAAACGGUCGACAAUGUGGCCGGCCUGUACGCAGGCGUCCGCGAUUCCGCCCUGACCAACUACGGCCACGACCAAGCCAAUCGACUCGGCCAGCACUUCGCAAAGAGCAAUGUGCGCUUCACUCACAUCUUCUCUUCGCCUCUCCACCGAGCAGCGAAGACAGCGGAGGCCAUCAAGCUCUGUCAGAGAGAUGACGGACGCGCCGAGAAUCUUUGCAAUGCUGUGGACAUCACGAAAGUCCCAGAGCUGAUCGAGCAAGACUUUGGAUACUACGAGGGGAAGCCUUUCCAUGCUCGCUCGAAUCCUAAGAGGUCUGGAAGAGAAGCACACCGGGACCAGCACAAAGAUGAGCCUGGCUUUCAGGAUGUGGAGAGCAAGGAGUCGAUGGACAGCCGGGCCGACAAAUUCCUCGACGGGCAUCUCCUGCCAUUGUUCGAGAAGGAUGGUGCCGCUCCAUUUGUCGUCGGCAUCGUGUCUCAUGGUAUGUUGCUGUCCCAUCUAUGGCGACGGCUACUGCUACGCUUGCCGCCGAAGAGUGUGAGCGUUGAUCCUGAAGUCACUGCAGCCAAAGGCAGUAUAAUACUUCAGCACCUGGGUGGGUGGAGCAACACAGGCUACCUUGAGCUGGCCUUCGACCGCGCAGCUAAGUCGGAAGUCCCUCAAGCUUUCAGUCUACCUGCAACUUCCAAGCAGGACCCCACGGAUCUUGUCCAGACAGCCACCGCCACGACUUCCAGUGAAGGCAUGCCGGCGAGUGCGACUAAUUCGGAAGCCUCGACAUCCCACGACAUGCCUCAGAUGCUCAACGGGUGGUCAAUCCUGAUAUGUGCGAUAGACAGGAAAGACCACCUGAUUGGACUGAAAAGGCAGCGAGGUGGUAUCGGGUCGUCAGCGCACGACAAAGGCCACAAGAAGCUGGACGGCUUUUUCAAACGGCAGAGGACAAGCUGA